AUGAAUGAUUUAGAUAAUUCAAAUUUAUUUUUUAAAAUUUAUAGAAAUUUAUAUUUAAAAAAUGAAAUUUUUAAACAUGUUAAACUAUACAAUAAUUAUUGGAAAGAUACAGUUGUAUUUAGAGAUAUUAAUAAAUAUAAUUCUUUCAAGUUUAAAGAAUAUUUAUUAAAUUUAGAAUACUCAUUUCGUCAACAUAUAAAAAUACCAAAUGUUGAAAUUUUAAAAAUUGGAAAUAGUUUUUGGGAUCGUAAAAAAUUGAUUGAAUCGAUACCAGAAAAUUUCAUACCGUCAUCUGUAAAAGAUUUAACAAUUAAAAAACCAGGCUAUUAUAAUAAUACUGAUCCAAAAGAAAGAUUAGGUAAUAUUAUACCACCAACAGUUACAAAAUUAAAUUUAAGAGAAUAUAAUAAUCCAUUGAAUCCAGGUGACAUUGUUAAAACAUUAAAAUCAUUGACUAUCAGUAUGUACAUUUUAGAUGAACUCAAAAAAUCUUUAUGGCCUGAUGAAUUGGAAUUGGAUGAAUUUAUAAUUUCUAGUUAUAGAAAAAUUAAAAAUGAUUGUUAUUUUCCAAAGAAUUAUAAAUCACUUGAAGUUUCUGGUUAUGCUCCACACAUUUUUAACAUCAAUUUAUUAUCAUUAUCAUUGGUAAAACUUAAAAUAGAACUUCCUAAAUUAUCUUCAAUGAAUUUAAGUACUCUAAAGAAUUUAAAAUAUUUAUCAGUUCAGGAUUUCAAUGGAGAUAUUAAGAAAGGUUUUCUUCCUGUAGGUUUGGAAACUUUAUGUAUUAAAAAUAAUUUCAAAUUUCAAAUUGGGUCAUUACCUAAAUCAUUAAAAAAAUUAAAUAUAUCUUCAUAUAAUAAUAAAAUUGAAUUGGGUGUAUUACCUGAAGGCUUAGAAACACUGUAUAUAAGUGGCGAAACUGAAGAAGCUUUUGAAGUUGGUGUUUUCCCUUCAUCAAUCACUUAUUUAGAUUUUGGUGCGUAUUCUAAAUCAAUGAAAAAAUUAAAAGUUGGUGUACUACCUUUAUCCUUAAAAAUGUUUUUAUUUCCUGAUGUAUAUAGUUUUGAAAUUGAUGAAGGUUUAUUACCACAUUCAAUGGAAACAUUAAUGUUACCAAAAUCUUUUAAUCAAAUAAUUACAAAAACCUUACUUCCAAAUAAAUUGGUUCAUCUUGAUUUUGGUGAAUCGUUCAAUUCCCCAAUUCCACCAAAUACUUUACCAGAAACUUUAAGAUCAUUAACAUUUGGUUUUGUUUUUAAUCAAGACAUUGAUCGUUUUUGUUUCCCAAAUUCGAUUGAGUCAAUAAUUUUUAAAAGUGGAUUUAACAAACCAUUGAAAGCUGGUUGUUGGCCAACAUCAUUAACCACUUUAUUUUUAGGUACAAGUUUUAAUUCUGAUAUUGAACCAUAUGCUUUACCUCAAUCUCUUAGACGUUUAUCAAUAGAAGGACCAUUCAAUAAAUACUUUGAACCAAAUACUCUACCACUUAGUUUAUUAUCUAUAAGGUUACCAAGUCUUUACAAUAAAGAAAUAGAUAUUAUUUUACCAAAAUUAACACAUUUAAAAAUUGGUACAACUAAUAAUUCAGAAUAUUUUUUAAAAAGAGAUAAAGAUUAUUCAGAUUCAGAAUCAUUAUUAUCUUUACUUUUUUAA